UUUGCUGGGUGUGUUUUGGGCCACUUUAAAAAGGCAGCAGACACUCUGAACUGUGUUUUCAUUUCAGCUGCAGCUGCUUUAACUCUUUAACUCAAACAAGACCAGCAACUAUUACAACUCAAGCAUGACCAGCAACUCAGGAUACACCAUAACAAAUGAGGAGGAGGUGAGGAUAGUGAUGGUGGGGAAGACUGGAACUGGGAAGAGUGCCACUGGAAACAACAUCCUGGGACGAGAGUGCUUUGUGUCAAAGUUCAGCGCAAAGUCUAUGACUGUAGACUGUGGUAAGGGCACAGCUGUGGUGGGUGGGCAACAGGUUGCUGUCAUUGACACCCCGGGUCUGUUUGACACCAGGUUUGACAUGGAAAAAACAACUAAAGAUGUGGGCCAGUGCAUCUCUUUUGCUGCUCCUGGACCCCAUGUGUUCCUGGUGGUCAUCAGACUGGGCAGAUUCACUGGAGAGGAAAUGAAGACAGUGGAGAAGAUUCAAGAAAUCUUUGGCCAGGCUGCAGACAGAUACAGCAUGGUUCUCUUUACCCACGGUGACCUUAUUGAAGACACAACUAUCGAGGACUUCUUGAAUGAAAGCUCAGAGCUUCAACAACUCGUGGCCAGAUGUAACGGCCAGUACCACCUCUUCAACAACAGGAAGAAGGAGGAUCGCUCUCAGGUCACUGAGCUCCUCCAGAAGAUCAGAGAUGUAGUCCAGAAGAACGGAGGACACCACUACACCAACGAGAUGUUCCAAGAGGCCGAGAGGGCAAUCAAAGAGGAGGAACAACGCAUCCUGAAAGAAAAGGAAGAGCAAAUACGGGAAGAAAGAGAGAAACUUGAAAGGGAAAUUAAUGAAAAAUAUGAAAAACUAAUGAAGAAAAUUACUGAGAAACUCCAGGCUGAGAGAGAGAGGGAGAGGAGAGAGAGAGAGGAGGAGAGGGAGAGGGAGAAGGAGGAGAUGAGUGAGGAAAGAAAGAGGUUGUGGGAAGAGAUAAGGGAACAAAGAAAGAGAGAGCGGGAGGAGAUAGAAAUGGAGAGGAAAAAAUUAAUGGAACAGCAUCAGAGAGAACUGAGAGAGGAAAUAAACAAGUUGCAGGAUGGAUAUGCCAAGACAAUCAGGGGUCUAGCUGAGGAGAUUAAAAGGUUAAAAGAUAGAGAGUGUGCGAUUCUUUAAAGCUGUUGUAAAAACAGAGGAAACCUCCAGAAGCUCCGAGACACAGAAAGCAAAAAAAAGAAAUCAUCCACAGAAAUAUAAUCACAAUUAACUAUAUAACUAUAAAAUGUUUGCAUUUAAACAUUUUAAGAUCAUAUCACUUAUCUCAAGCUAUUUCACAUUAAAUUACAUAUCGUUUGAAUUGUUUAUUGUAUUUUAAAUCACAGCACUUUGUUUUCUGCAGACUAAUAGAUAUCCAUAAAUAGAAAUAGAUCUGCACUCUGAUUGCUUUUGUCUUUUGCUAAGAGGUGGAGCCACCUAGUGACUUCAUAUAUACACUGUAAAAAUUCGUUCAGUGCUAUUGUCCUUAUAACUUAAUUUUAAAAACUAUAUUUAUUCCAAUAAAUUAACUUAUUUUUCUUUCUUUGUUUUUUGAGUUUUCAAAAAGUAAAAAAGUGUGAAUAUUUUCGUAACUUAAUAUUUUCUAUAAUAAAAUUAAUUUAAUUGGACUUCACCAUAAAUUGAUUUUACAAAACUCAUUUUAAAAGUUUAUAUCAGACGUAUCCUUAUGGACGUAUCAGACGUAAAAAGACACGACCCGCCCACUACCUGCAGCAACAGAAGAACAAGCCCGGGCAAAUCCUUCAUUCUCGUCUGUUCCAGAAGUUUAUUCGAACGGGGUUUUCUACGGAGCCGGAUAAUACUUCACGUACCUCAUAUGGGAUGGCCCUGUAAAUUGUGCAACACUGUGGUACCAGGAAAGUGACAUUUUAAAGCAUUAUAGACUGCAUCAUGGGACUUUUGGACACAGCCAUGCCUUGCCUUGUAUUCAUAUAGAUUGCCCAUGUUCUUUUAAAUCCUGGAGUUCCUUCCGCUCUCACCUCUCAAGAUACCACCCAGAAGCUAAAUCCUUCAUCUCACCACAAGUAAACGAGGAGUUCCGAAGAUGUACUGCAGUUUCCCUGGAAGCGACGUUUAUGUCACAGCUGGACAAAUACACCCCAAAGCUCCUAGAACUCUUUAGUGCCAAGGGAGGAGCAACUGGUCAACGCAUCAAAAAGUUGUUGAUGGAUCUGAUACAGGACCCAAGUGCCACUACAGUGAAGAAGAGAGAUGUCACUCUGAGAUGCCUCUUUGAGUAUAUGGGAGAGAGUGGACAGGAGCUUAUCUCGGAUUACUGUGGGGCCGCAGAGACCAUUGUUCAUGAGGACCUGAAAAUUAAGAACAUGAGCAUCUAUGUCUGCCGUGAGCCAGAUGCAGUAGGAAUCAUCAUUGAGGGAAUACCAGUCCUUACCAAUCUUGGAAACCUGGCCAAAGCAUGCUGCUUCCUGCUUGGGUUGACAUAUGCACUCAAUCUUGAGUAUCCAUCCAAGCUUUCCAAAACAUUUGAGGUGUUUCAAAGACUUUUCGUGGGACUUGACACACUGCGCCCAAAACCAAGCCCCAAGUUCUUGACCCUGAAAAACAAACUCCUUGCCUAGGCACUCAGACAUGACUGUCACUGCACUUGUGAACAGCUGUUUUCUUUGUCUGUUCAACAUCAUUAUACAUUGGACAUAAUGGGUGUUAUGUCCAAUGUUAUAUUGGACAUAAUUGGACAUUCAGGGUGUUGUAAUGGUUUAUCCUUGUCAUGUUUUAUACUGUACACAGGUCAUACUUCCUGGUGUGAAAAAGUAAUUAUAUUUUAUACACACAAAAUAGACCUGCUGUGAAGCUGCACUUUAAAAACUGGUCAGUAGGUGAGAUCAGUGAGAUGUUUGACUAAAGAUGUUUCAAAAUAUUCACACACGCUGUGAAGGUAUUAUGCCAAGUUGAGGUCAGAUGGUCAUGCUUGUGACCUGUAAUGUUAGUGUUAUAAUGUUUCAAUAUUAUGUUCACACUGUACUGUUAAAAGGAUAGUUCACUUCAAAAUGAAAAUUCUGUCAUCAUUUACUCACCCUCAAGUUGUUUUAAACCUGUAUGAAUUUCUUUCCUCUACAGGACACAAGGAAGAUGUCUGAAGAAUGUCAGUAACCGAACAGUUAACUGGACCCAUUGACUUCCAUAUUAGAAAAAAAUAAAAAGACUAUGGAAGAACAUUCUUCAAAAUAUCUUCCUUGUGUUCAGCAGAAGAAAGAAAUUCAUACAGGUUUAAAACAACUUGAGGGUGAGUAAAUGAUGACAGAAUUUUCAUUUUGAAGUGAACUAUCGUUUUAAGGUGUUUUACUAACCUACUAUUUACAAGCUGAGGUCAUAUUUUGUUUAAUACAUGAAUACAGAAGUUCUUGAUUGUUUAUACUGUCCAGCUCAUUCCCACUAUUUGGAUAUGGCAUGUGAAUUGUUAAAAAAAUAGCAAGUGCCAGUUAACUUGAUAUUAAAAUGUUUUAAUAUUAUGUAUGUACACAUAGUAAAAUAUACUGUGAAGGUGUUCUUCUAACCUGCACUUUAUAAGUUGAGGUCAUGCUUUUUUUAAUGCAUGAAUAGAUGUUAUUGAUUGUUAACACUAUCCAGCUCAUUUUGAAUUUGGUUUGUAAAUUGUUACUUAAUUUUAAUUUUAAAUUUUUAAAUUUUGUAACAUUAUGUACACAGAACUGUACUGUGAAGGUGUUCCACUAACCUGCACUUUAUUUGCUGAGGGCAUGUUUUCUUGAAUGCCUGAAUACCAAUGUUUAUACUGUCCAGCUCAUUGCUACUGUUUUGGAUAUGGCAAUGAUUUAAUAAAUGUUGGAAAUUGACAUAGUAGCAACUAUUUAUUUGAAGCUAUUUACACUUUCAAAACAAAGAGGGUAAAUUGAUCAAAAUUAAUAAAUCAGAACAUUAUCUACUUAUUUUUUUCAUUUAAGUUACCUAUUUUAAUUAAGUUUAAUGUGUAUAAAAUGAUGAUAUUUUCUACAUUGAUAGUACUCAAUUUAUUGGCUUUUUCUGAAAAUGCUACUUAAUAUUUUUGCAUACAUUGAAAUUCACAUUAUUAAGUUGUCUUUACUCAAAAUAUCAGUUAGUUCACUAAACUUGAAAAAAAUAGUUGGAAAAUGUUGUCUUAAUUUUAUUGAGUUAGAUCCAAGUAACAGUUUUAACAGUGUACACACACUGUAUAUAUGAUUUUCAUUUCCUCUCUCUGGUUCUGGUCAUGUGUCAUUAAAUGUAUUGUAACAGUUUGUAAAUCUUUACAUUGUUUGAUUUUGUUUUCCUGUUGGUAGCAGUUUGUUAUUCAUUCAUACAUUUUAUGGUUAAUGUGGAUUUAAUGCCGCUCAAGAACAAAAAUGUGUUCAUGUGCUAAACUGAACUAGAAAUAAAGAUGUGAUGUGAAGACCAAA